CUUGCCCCACUCCCUUGCUUCCGUGGCGCACACGCCGCGCACGCGUGCUCGCCUCUCCUGGAACCGUCUCCGCCGCCCUCCCGCGUCGGCGUCGCGGCGCAAGAGGGUACCCUGAAUUUCGUCAGUGCCAAGUGACGACCGCUUUUGCCCAUUUGUGAUAGCUGAAUCUCUGUGGUUCAAAGGCGAUUGAUUUUGGUUUGCUGACGCACGCCUAAUGAGCUCCCAAGUCUCCACAUCACACGGUCUUCAUCCCCCGGGGAAGCUUGGGACAUUUGAGUCACCCCAUGCCUGGCCGCUGUCAGCGCCUACGGCCCAGCCCGAAGCGGGACGCGGUGAUGACCAGGAGGUCAGGCUGUUGUCGGUUGCCUGGAACCAAGAUUGUGGAUGCUUCGCGGCUGGUACCAGCAAUGGGUUUAGGAUCUUUAACUGCGACCCUUUCAAGGAGACUUUCAGGAGGGAUCUUAAGAGCGGCGGUUUUGGGAUCGUCGAGAUGUUGUUCCGUUGCAACAUCCUUGCCCUUGUAGGAGGCGGCUCCAAUGUGCAGUAUCCGCCGAACAAGGUGAUGAUUUGGGAUGACCACCAGAGCCGUUGCAUUGGAGAGUUCGCCUUCCGCUCAGAUGUCCGAGCCGUAAAGUUGGCGAAGGACUACAUCGUGAUUGUCCUCGAGCGCAAGAUAUUUGUCUACAACUUUACCGAUUUGAAGCUGCUCUACCAGAUUGACACCCUGUCAAAUCCCAAAGGACUUUGCUGUCUCUCUCAUAAUUCCAAUACUUCAGUAUUGGCCUGCCCUGGGGUGCACCAGGGUCAUGUUCGCGUGGAGCAUUUCGGGCUGAAAAUGGCGAAGACAAUCUCAGCUCAUGAUUCACACAUCUCUUGCAUGUCACUGACAAUGGAUGGUCUCCUACUGGCAACAGCUAGCACCAAGGGCACUUUGAUCAGAAUAUUCAACACAAUGGAUGGCACUCGCCUACAAGAGGUACGCAGAGGGCUUGACAGAGCAGAAAUAUAUAGCAUUGCAGUGUCGCCCAAUGUGCAGUGGUUGGCAGUGUCCAGCGACAAAGGUACUGUUCAUAUUUUCUCCCUGAGAGUCAGAGUUGCUGGGGAGGAUGCAAGCAAUGAGCAACGCACUGCUGAAAGUCCACGGAUGGAUCACCAGAGCUCUUCCAGUUCUAUUGAUCCUCUUAUUCAGGCGAACACUGGAUCCAAUGCGAGUUCAUCACUGUCAUUUAUGAGAGGGAUCCUGCCGAAGUAUUUCAGUUCAGAGUGGUCAUUUGCUCAGUUCCAUUUACCAGAAGUCACCCGUUACAUAGUAGCCUUUGGUGCUCAGAAUACUGUAAUGAUGGUUGGCCUGGAUGGCAGCUUCUACAGGUGCAGCUUCGACCAAGUGAACGGAGGGCAGAUGUUACAGAAGGAGUAUUUCCGGUUUCUCAAGUCCGACAGCCCACCUUUAAGGAGCGCAGCCAUCUGACCUACCUCUCUCACCCUGUAAAUACCGAAGGUUGUGCCCGGUCCAUUGUACAUAUCACCAUCUUCUCGCCGGCUAAAGUUAUUACAGGCAGCGGGAAUAAGGAGAGCUGGCCGUGUCGGAUCGCCGCAACCCACAGGAUUCCAACCUUGAGGUUUCUGGAGCGGUUGGUGUCCCAUCCAAGCUGCAAGCAUCAUUUGCCAUCUCUCUUCUUUCUUCUAGCGAGAACCACAACCACCCAUUGGUACACUACAUAUAACGUAAAAAGUUCGAUAACG